AUGACUGGCUCGAUGCAACUCACCGGUCCACCCGCCACGCUUUCUCCUCGGUACGCCGACUCGACGUCGAAGCGUCGAUGCGCGAUUGCAGCCAGCAUGAAGCAGUAUCUGUUCGCGACGGUCGCGCAUGCAUUUCAGGCCAUGCAGACAAUGCUGUUCUGGUUUUACUUCUACGUUGUCCUUCUGUGCCUCGCCAGAUUCCACGAGCCUCCAUUCGAACGACUGUGCAUGCUAGUGGAACGCCGCGGCCCUACGAUAGACUUGGAGAAGGAAUGGGGCGAGCUCCUGGCAUACCAGAGACAACGGCGGGAGUUGGAGCAAUUCUUCGGCACCGCCAUGCUCGCUGCAGCCCCGGCGCUCCUUCUUGUAGCCUUUGGAGCAUCAUCGACCCCUGUCCAUGCGGCAAUACCUACCCUCGGGAUCAUCUGCAUAUUAUGCUCCGCAGUAGGUCUUGGCUUCAGUGCGUUCUACAAGUCACGUCUGGAGCAUGUCGAGCGUGAGAAGCGUGGGAGUGCUUGGCUCAUGGAUGGUAUCUCUACUGCAUCAUCGAGAUGGAGCUGCCUCCCUAUGCUCCUCGCUCCUCCCCUCGCAUGGAUAGCUUGGGCUGUCUUUGCGCUCCUCGGCCUGCUUUUAUCGUUCUUCUGGACACCAGUUGGAGCUGCCCAUGCACCCGAGAGAGCUACCGGCUGGGACGUUGGUGGAUCUCUCGGACCCUCUCUCGCCGGUACUACCGUUAUAGCAAUUGGCAUAACGCACCUUAUCGUAGUGGUGCCCCGAUUCCGACGCAUAGGGCACAGGCAACCUCUACCGUCUGAUGUUGCCGUCUGAAUCGAUGGACUGUGAGAUUCCCCCUAAUCCCAACGUCAGUUGGUUCAUAAGUCUGCUUCUCCUUGCAGUUCUACGACGUAACGUUCUUCCUUCUUCGAAUUGCUGAACUUUUUACGAUGAAUGCACUGUAAACUCCUGAUUGAUCAUACAUACAUCUCCAAACAUCUCUUGAUACUACUACAUACCUCCGAAAUUCCAUCUUAUCGUUCCAACAUACAGCUACGGAUCGCUGCUAUCGUCAUCACCUGUCCCGCAUGUCUCAGCCAUCCUUUUACGCAUACAACAGCACUCCAUUACUCGUGAACCUGCAAUACAAGAGAUUGCUAC